GAAUGCAUAGACCUAGAAUGUAGGAGGAGCGCACCAGCUGAAAGAAACCAAAACCUGGGUGACUGUAUGCGUUGACAGCAAGCAUGGCAGGAGACAGCGAAACCCGGCUGGACAAUCAAGCCGAAAAAGAGCAUGUAACCCGGCAGCCUUUCCUCAUCGGGGUGGCUGGGGGAACUGCCAGCGGCAAGUCAUCCGUGUGUGGGAAGAUCAUGGAGUUGUUGGGGCAAAAUAAGAUUGACCACCACCAAAGGCAGGUGGCCAUCCUCAGCCAGGAUAGCUUCUACAAGGUCCUCACCCCCGAGCAGAAGGCCAAAGCCCUCAAGGGCCAGUUCAACUUUGACCAUCCAGAUGCAUUUGACAAUGAGCUCAUAAUGAAGACCAUGUGGGACAUUGUGGAAGGCAAAACCGUCCAUAUUCCAGUGUAUGACUUUGUUACUCAUUCCAGGAAGGAGGAGACCGUUACAGUUUACCCAGCAGAUGUCGUGUUGUUUGAGGGCAUCCUUAUGUUCUACUCCCAGGAGAUCAGGGACCUUUUUCAGAUGAAGCUGUUUGUGGACACCGAUGCUGACACUCGAUUAUCACGUCGGGUGCUGCGAGAUAUUAAUGAGCGAGGAAGGGAUCUGGAACAGGUUCUGUCGCAGUACAUCACCUUUGUCAAACCAGCCUUCGAGGAGUUCUGCCUGCCUACCAAGAAGUACGCUGAUGUAAUUAUUCCUCGAGGGGCUGACAAUAGCGUUGCCAUAAACCUGAUUGUGCAGCACAUCCAGGACAUUGUGAACGGCGGCCUGACCAAGAGGCUGAACGGCUGUGUGAAUGGCUACAUCACACCCCGCAAACGCCAGCCUUCAGAGUCCAGCAGCAGACCCCACUGACCACACUGCCUCUCUCCACUUGCCCACAGGACUAGGCCGAGAACGAGAGUGGUGGAGGAAGUGGGCGAGAAGGAUGGAUGGAUGGAUGGAUGGAUGGAUGGGUGGAUGGGAGACCUGUACAUAUUACAUUACGAGUUAGCCAACACUAUUUAAAGAAAAAAAAACACAAUUCAGAAGAAAAAUCGCAAAAGCUGCAAAACUGCCUUCUUUGACUUUUUUUGUUUUGUUUUGUUUUUUGAUGAUUAUGAUGACAUGGAGUUCCUAGUUUGGGACUUUUAGUAGGUCGGAUAUGACAAUUUUCUUCCUAUUGUAUUUAUUUCUGUAUUUUCUUUUUAUUCUUUCCAGUCCUUAUUUGUGCUUGCAGGUGUGAGUUAAAGGAAGAGGGAGGCAGUCUGUGCUAGGCCUUCUGAAUUGGAUUCUGUCCUUGGGCGCCGUGCUGUUAGAGGGCUGUGUUUAGUUGCUGAUUUAUUUAUUUUUUCCUUUUCUUGAACAGUGAUUGAUUUUUCAAAAACGUCGGCUCAGAGUUGUUUCUACCACCAUGCUUCAUCAUGGAGCAUGGUGGUUAGUAAUAGAUUGUGUCAGAAGGCUUGAUUUUUAUUGUUAUUAUUAUUUUGCUUACAGUAUAAAGCUCAGAUGUUCGGAAGGAAAGGCAAAACAAAAAAAAAAAUGCAAACUUGAGGUUCAGAGAUCCCAUCUGAGAUGCAGUGACUUUUACUCAGCUGGCUUUGCCUGAGUAGGGCUGGAUGUUUAAGCUGUUCAGUGUACUUCGGUGUACUGUAUUUAACUCCCAUUCUUACCACGCCUGACAUCCUUGCCCCCUUUUCUUCCACCCCCUCAAGUAACACAAGCAUCAGGUUUGGGAAUGACUGGAAAUGUAGCCACUUAGGCAGAAAUCCCCCCUUUCCGUUCCGUUCCGUUCCAUUCCGCUCCGACUCCACUCCUGCGUAUUCCAUCCUGCCACUGCAGCACUCUCACAGCUGCACUGGCUUCUGCAGCUCCUAGCUGCACACUUGGUGUUCACGUCUCCCAGUUUUCCGCAAAGGAGAUGUCUGAAAAAAAAAGGAAAAAAAGAUCUUAAAAAAAAAAACAAAAACAAAAAAAAAACCUCAGGCCACAGCCAGGUCUAAGCCUCUCAGGUGUAGUGCCUAGUGUGUUUGAGAACUCAAGGGCAAGACAGACUGAUAGAUUUGAGACCAUGUAGUGUACAAGACUUGAAAUUGAGACUGAAGUCCAGUGGUUAGGGCUGUGUGUUCGCUCUGGGGCCUGUUUGAGAAGAAAGGCUGGGUAUUACUUGCAUGACCGCCAGUGUUAUUUCAGUUCCAGAUUAACCAACUGUUACGUGUUUGUCUUUGAAGAAUUCCUCCUUGAUUAUGUUUGCUUUUUUCAAGCUCCAAAGAAUGUUCAUGGUUUUUUGCCUCUCAAGGCAGUCCUUCUGAGGCUCUGAAUGUUUAAGAUGAGGUUUCCCCUGGUUAAAUUGGCCACGUUGCGCAAUAUCAUUGGUCACAGGAUGUCCACCAUGAUUUCUACGGCUGUGGAUCUUAGCUUAACCAAACAUGAACCAUGAUACAAUGGCAAAGCAAAUAAGUUGAAUAAACUUUCCCAGCAAAGCAACAGAAGAUGGAAGUCACCAAAGUAGUCUCUCAGUGUUGCCUGUUGUUUGUCUAGCAGGACACAGGGAAGCCAACUCCUUUAUUUCCCUUACCAAACUCAGGACCUCAACUGGAUGCUUGUUUUCUUGUUCCUCAGUUAUGUGUGCUAAUGGAACUUUCUAUUGAAACGUCCAUGCCUCUCUGUGACUUUCAAUACAAAGACUUCAAACACUGUUGUUACUGAUGUCCCUAUGUUGAAAAUGAUGGAUAUGAAACAGGGUAGUUAAUUAGUGUUUUCAUUUCACCUGACUUCUCUGCACUUUCCUCAGAAAAGAGUUGAUUAUAUUGAUUCAUAACUCUCAUGAAUAAAGGGUUCAUAUGAGACGGGCACCUGAAGUCAGGGUCAGGUUUCCCAAAGGCUAAAAGCAAUGGUAAAUGAUGAGUUUUAAAUUCUAUAUACUCACUCCCUUGCAAUGACAUUGGUGCCUGCCAACCUAUAUUAUUUGCGCCGUGCCCAGAUAAAUAAAACAACUGUAUAAGAUACAUGUUUGUAUGACCUAAUAUCAAGUACUGUAUGUAUACCAUUUUGGUAUGAAAUGGGUGACCCCACUAGAAAGAUCAAUUGGACAAUAGCAUUUUAUGAUGCCACUCUGAAUUUUGUUCUUUAAAAUUAUUUGAUCAUAUUCUCUCAUCAAAAAUUCUAUUCUAUUAUUGACGUGAAGCCCUGCAGAUGUCGUUUUUGUUCCAGGGGAUCAUGUUGGCACAAACGCACGAAAACACUGCUGUUUAGCUCCAGGUGUGGAGUCAAAUGAAGGCUGAUAACAAAACUGAUAUCAGAAGCACUUAAAGCCAGUUCAGUUGGCUGUUUCAUAAACAGCACUAGUCAUGUUCACAAAGAUUGGGGCUGAGUAGCAAUGAUUCAAGCACCAGCUUUGGCACUAGAUACAGUCUGCCUUAUUAACAUAGGCCCUCACUACUUCAAAUACAAUACUCAGCCAAAUCAGAACACUUACAUACACAUAGACAAGCCUGCUUUGCUAAUGAAGGUGUUUAUACAUUGGCUAAUGACUACUACAUUUUGAAUUAAUCUUCAAUGAUAAAUGUCAAGCCCUCCUAAAAUUACAUUAUUAUAUGUUCUAUUGGCUUGCUGGAACUCUGUCUGUACAUAAUAAUUGUGAGUAUGUAUCCAAUCAACGUCUGUGGUUAUGUGUGUAUAUUUUCUCUUGUUAGAGGGCAAAGUUGAACUUGAACCCUGUUUCAAUUGUUCCCAUAUAAAUCUUAAUCAUCAAAGUUGCUAAAUGUUCCUUGCCUCGAGUACUGUAUUGAACACUGAAGGAAAACCGUUUGGAGGUGGUGCAGUGGCUAAUGAUACUAAAAAGUUGUUGUUACAAGCUUAACCCUGUGUAUUGCAAUUCAAAGGGGCCUUUGAUCUGGAGUUAGUUUGGACUAUUUAAGAGAGAGAGAAUUUAUCAUGCUAUGGCAACUUACAGCUCUACGUCUGUCCACUGUAGGGUACCAUCUGUAGACAGUAAGAAGACAUUCAAAGAUAGAUGGUGUUUGACCUCACUCUCAAGUUUCUGUCCCUAGCACUACGCAAGCAGUGCCUCCUCAAAAAUCUUUUUUUUUUUUUCCCCACAGGAUGGUACACGCCCUUCCUUGUAUCAUUUUGUAAAUGUGUACAUGAAUGCGACAUGUGUAAUCAAAUCCACAAAGCUACUGAAAAUGCAAUGAAUCUAAUAAAAUUUUUAUACUAUGAA